UCUUCUUUCUUCUGUUUCAUGCUCUUUCCCCAUGAAAAGAAAGAAAAGAUCACAAAGGGUUUUAAGUAUUAGGUUAUAUUUUUCUAAGUAAUUUUCACUUGUAGAUAGAUAGAUAGAUAGAGAUCUCUGUUAGAUUCUCUUUCCUUGUUUGUCAGCUAAAGUGGAGUUCUUUGGUCUCAAAAUCUUCUAAAUCUGUUUUUGUGUUUUUCUUCAUACCUCGAAACUAAGCAAUGGUUUUGUCUCUCUGACUCUCUCUCUCUUUCUUGUUUCUGUGUAAUAAUGUUUCUUGUGUUGUUUCUUUUAUGUGUACUAUUAUAACUUCAGUUUCAUGUGCAUCAGUGCCCUCUUCUUCUUCUAUAUCAAUUUGGAUGGGAAGAGGAAAGAUAGAAAUAAAGAGGAUAGAGAACUCGACGAAUCGACAAGUGACAUUUUGCAAAAGAAGAAAUGGACUUCUCAAGAAAGCUUAUGAGCUUUCAGUUCUUUGCGAUGCAGAAGUUGCCCUCAUCGUUUUCUCCACUCGUGGCCGUCUCUAUGAGUAUGCCAAUAACAACAUAAGAUCAACCAUUGAGAGAUACAAGAAAGCUUGUUCUGAUAGCACCAACACCAGCACUGUCCAAGAAAUCAAUGCUGCGUACUAUCAACAAGAAUCUGCAAAGCUGAGACAACAGAUCCAAACGAUUCAAAAUUCCAACAGGAAUCUAAUGGGAGACUCUUUGAGUGCCUUAAGCGUCAAGGAACUUAAACAGGUUGAGAACCGCCUUGAGAAAGCUAUCUCCAGGAUCAGGUCCAAGAAGCAUGAGUUGCUUCUAGCAGAAAUCGAAAACAUGCAGAAACGAGAGAUUGAGUUAGAUAAUGAGAAUAUCUAUCUAAGAACUAAGGUAGCAGAAGUGGAGAGGUUUCAACAACAACACCACCAAAUGGUUAGUGGUUCAGAGAUCAACGCGAUGGAGGCUUUAGCAGCACGCAAUUACUUUGGUCAUAGCAUUAUGACUGCUGGUUCUGGAUCUGGUAAUGGAGGUUCUUACUCUGAUCCAGACAAGAAAAUUCUUCAUCUCGGAUAAAUCUCGUGAGCCCGCGAAAAAAGCCGAGGUGCAAAUCUCAGUUUAUAAACCUCUGCAUGCAUUUUCUGAGGUUUCUCUACUCAGCUUUAUCUAUUUUCUACAUAAUAAUAUGUUUUGGUUUUAUAAUAAUUUCAAAGUACAAUGAAGGUAUUGUGAUCCUUCAAGACUCAUUUGGAAAUUGUGUUGUGUGAUGGUCAAGACAAUGCUUUGGUUUUUUUAAUGUUG